CUUCGCUUGUUUCGGAGACUUUAUGCAGUCCUUCCGACUAUCAUCUCCGAUAUAAAUCGUAUGAUCUGACCCUCUUCAAGGCGCACACUCCAUUCUCGAUCUUUUUGCGUCUGCUCAAAAUUCAUAUAACACCAGGACGUCCUUGCUGCUGUAUUCUAACAAUCCCAACCAACCAUCUCCAUUCCAACGUCUGCCGCUGCCAGACCACCAGCCCUUCCCCAAAUGGCUUCACGUGUAAUUUUCGAUCCCCUCAUCGCCCUCCGCCUGGCUCCCCUCGUGAGCUCAACCUGCAGCCUCUGGUUCGCCUGGGACCAAAACAUUUUUUUCGGAAACUUCAUCCACCCCGCCAACCGGACCGCCAGCGAUCGCAUCCUUCCCACCUACUUCCAAACCUUCUUCCGCAGCGGCGUGAUCUGGGUCCUGACCCUCCUCGGCCUCUCGCUAUCGACAGCCGGCAUCAACAUCGUCAUGGACCCAGCCUCGCUCGCCCAAAGCCAGUCCCUCCGUUGGUACGCCGCCGGCGCCGCUUUCACGGCCGGCCAUGCCUUGUACGCGCCCAUUGUCGCUCCCAUCGUGCGUGCCAUCUCCGAGGACCGCUCCAAGGGUCAUUCCACACGCGACCUGGAACGCUGGCUGUGGUGGAACACUCUUCGGAUGGGGACGGUGGAUCUGGCGGCUUGGGUGUGUUUUGGGGUUGGGGCUAUGCGUGGCAUGAAUCAAGGCUCGAUCUAGUGGACAAUAGCAGCUUAAAAUACACAAUCUAUAAUCAGCGAAGACCCGCAUAAAAAGAAAGAGAAUUUUUUUUUU